CCAGUAGGCAAGCUUCUCCACUGGGCCUGUGGCACUGUAGGCCAGAGUCUUGAGCUCACCUGAACUCUGACCAUGAACUCUUCUGGGUUUCUGCCAGCUUUCCCUGCUGGUAUCAGGCAGGGUGAAAUGGCCCUGUAACUGGGAAGCUACCAGCUGUAUCAUCAGGGGCUGGGUGACUCCCACUGCCUGGAGGACAGAAGUAGAAGGUCUCUUCUGGCUUCAGGUGCUCAUGAGCCCCCUCCAGGGUUUCUCUCUGAUUGGAGGCUGUGUGGUCGGAUGGAUGGAUGCUGACUGCGGCCCCAGGACUCCCUGCCUCUGAAGUCAUCUGAUUGGUAAGAGCCCUGGUUGUACAUGGAGAAUGACUGAAAAAUCCAAUGGUGUGAAGAGUGCUACAGCCAAUAACCAUCAUGAACCCCCUGCCAUCAAGGCCAAUGGCAAAGAUGACUGCAGGACCAGCAGCAGGCCACAGUCUGCGGCUGAUGAUGAUACCUCCUCUGAAUUGCAGAGGCUGGCGGAGAUGGACACCCCACGACGGGGAAGGGGUGGCUUCCGAAGGAUCGUCCGCCUGGUGGGGGUCAUCAGAGACUGGGCCAACAGGAAUUUCAGGGAGGAGGAAGCGAGGCCUGAUUCAUUCCUCGAGCGCUUUCGUGGGCCUGAACUCCAGACCGUGACGACACAGCAGGGGGAUGGCAAAGGCGACAAAGACGGCGAGGGAAAGGGCACCAAAAAGAAAUUUGAACUAUUUGUCUUGGACCCAGCUGGGGACUGGUAUUACCGCUGGCUCUUUGUCAUUGCCAUGCCUGUCCUGUACAACUGGUGCCUGCUGGUGGCCAGAGCCUGCUUCAGUGACCUACAGAGAGGUUACUUCCUGGUGUGGCUGGUACUGGACUACUUCUCAGAUCUGGUUUACAUUGCAGACCUUUUCAUCCGAUUACGCACAGGUUUCCUAGAGCAGGGGCUGCUGGUCAAAGAUACCAAGAAACUGCGAGACAACUACAUCCACACCCUGCAAUUCAAGCUGGAUGUGGCUUCCAUCAUCCCCACAGACCUCGUCUAUUUUGCUGUGGGCAUCCAUAGUCCUGAGGUGCGCUUCAACCGCCUACUGCACUUUGCCCGUAUGUUUGAGUUCUUUGAUCGCACUGAGACUCGCACCAGCUACCCCAACAUCUUUCGUAUCAGCAACCUGGUGCUUUACAUUUUGGUCAUCAUCCACUGGAAUGCAUGCAUCUACUAUGCCAUCUCCAAGUCCAUUGGCUUUGGGGUUGACACCUGGGUCUAUCCCAAUAUCACUGACCCUGAAUAUGGCUACCUGGCUAGGGAAUACAUCUACUGUCUUUACUGGUCCACACUGACCCUCACCACCAUUGGGGAGACACCUCCCCCUGUAAAGGAUGAGGAGUACUUAUUUGUCAUCUUUGACUUCCUGAUUGGUGUCCUCAUCUUUGCCACCAUCGUGGGAAAUGUGGGCUCCAUGAUCUCCAACAUGAAUGCUACCAGGGCAGAGUUCCAGGCCAAGAUUGAUGCUGUCAAACACUACAUGCAGUUCCGCAAGGUCAGCAAGGAGAUGGAAGCCAAGGUCAUUAAGUGGUUUGACUACCUGUGGACCAAUAAGAAGUCAGUGGAUGAGCGGGAAGUUCUCAAGAAUCUGCCAGCUAAGCUCAGGGCUGAGAUAGCCAUCAAUGUCCACCUUUCCACACUCAAGAAAGUGCGCAUCUUCCAGGAUUGUGAAGCUGGCUUGCUGGUAGAGCUGGUACUGAAGCUUCGCCCUCAGGUCUUCAGCCCCGGGGAUUACAUUUGCCGUAAGGGGGAUAUUGGCAAGGAGAUGUACAUCAUCAAGGAGGGCAAGUUAGCGGUGGUGGCUGAUGAUGGUGUGACUCAGUAUGCUCUACUAUCUGCUGGGAGCUGCUUUGGAGAGAUCAGUAUCCUUAACAUUAAGGGCAGCAAAAUGGGCAAUCGGCGCACGGCCAAUAUCCGCAGCCUGGGCUACUCAGAUCUCUUCUGUUUGUCCAAGGAUGAUCUCAUGGAAGCUGUGACUGAGUACCCUGACGCCAAGAAGGUUUUGGAGGAGAGAGGUCGGGAGAUCCUGAUGAAGGAGGGGCUGCUGGAUGAGAAUGAGGUGGCAGCCAGCAUGGAGGUGGAUGUGCAGGAAAAGCUAGAGCAACUGGAGACCAACAUGGAGACCUUGUAUACGCGCUUUGCCCGCCUGCUGGCUGAGUACACAGGGGCCCAGCAGAAGCUCAAGCAGCGCAUCACAGUUCUGGAGACCAAGAUGAAACAAAAUGAGGAGGAUUACCUGUCAGAUGGCGUGACCAGCCCAGAGCCAGCUACUGCUGAGGAGCCAUGAGGGUGCGAGCCCAAUGGCCUCUGCAGCCUUCCUUGCCUUGACCCCAGGAGGUAGAAGAGCUGUCUAGAUUUCCAGAUUCAUAUGCAUUACAUCUCUUUCCCUCUGAAUUCUCCCCAAAGCCUCUUCAAAGCUCAUGAUUUUGGUCUAAACAUCCAGGGGUACCCCUCUGAGUGUAGCUAACAGUCAAGCUUGUGGACAGUAGAGACCAUGUUGGCUGCAUUUCCAGGAGCUUCAGCCUGCCCAAGUCUGAGGAAUGAAGAGAGCAGCAGCUGAACUGUCCUUUAGGAGUCUGUCCUGGGACUGGAGGUGUGGACAAUGAUCUGCUCUGAAGAAGCCCAUCCAAAGAAUGGCAUGCUCUCUGCUGCUCUCUUACCCCUCUCUAGCUCAUCUGUAUGUAGCCACUCUGCUCUUUUGAUUAGCCUGUCUCUCUGCCAGCCAAGAGUGGCAUCUCUGAAGUCCUCUCUGGACCAGGAGAUGAUGGUGCUUCUGGUUUCUGGUCCAUUCCAGGAAAGGGAGUGAGGAGUGAGGCAACUGACAAUCAUCCAGUGAGCAAUGCCACCUGGAGAAGGAGGUGGCUGGCAGCUCUAGUCAUCACCCCUCUAUGCAGAGCAUUUCAAAAGAAGACUUGAAGGCUGGUGGUGGGAGGGAUACUCUAGUUCAUAUGUGCUUUAGCAGCACUUGAAGUUAAUAAAUUACUUUCAAUUAUUUGUGGUUAUUGCUCAGCUCUUUUCUCCACAUUCUUUUCCUGUUCUUCCCUUUUAUUCA